AUGGCACCAGGAAGCCGCGACCCAAACACACCUGCCCGAGCAACCAGCCCAAGCAACCGAGUGCGAGCUCUCAUCGAGCAAUACAACCGCUGUGCGCUGGAGACCGCCUCCAGUGGCACGGCCGCAGAGUCCUCUGGCGUAGAUGGCGUGCGCGGAGAAGACCUGCCCGGCCCCAGCACCGGGAGCAGGGCGGCGAGUGAGGCCUCCUCAUUACUGGAGAACCCCCUCUCCCCUUCCAAUCAGGGGGAGACGGAGUUCGCUGCUAUGGACUGGACUCCUCUUUUCAUGGCAGCGGCCAAGUGUCCUCACGAUGAGCCUGCUCUCCAGUACCACGAGGAGAAACGCCACCCCUGGAUGCAGUACGAGAGGGGGCAGAUUUUCCAAGUCGUCAAGCACUGGGACCCGAUGUUCUUGGUCUACAAGAAUGACGAUCCUUCACGGCGGCUAGGUUGGGUCUGGGACCGACACAUGGUAAUCGGAACCACAGAGGCAGAAGUGCAGGAAGAGGUGGAGAAGCAGGAGAAGGCAACCUAG